AUGCCAAAGCUAUGGUUUUCCGGUGAGAAUGGAGGUUAUCAAUUAGAAGCUGAUGAGAAAGCAUCUGCAACAUAUUCAUCCAUACGUACUGGUAUUCUCAGUUUAACCCCCGGUGAUCAAAAGUGUCGAUUAUACUGUAGCGGUCCUCGAUGCAGAUUUUGUGUAGUAACUCCUGGAAAAUCUGAAACUCAAGCUAUUGAUGGUUUGUAUUCCACGUGGAUCACUCCUGAUAUUCUUGCUAUGUCACGUCUUCAAGAAGAGCAUUUUGAGAAGAUGGGAAUUGUGGAGCAAUUCAAGAUAAAUGAAAUACAAUCGGUGAUUAAUCUUCAAGAGAGUGGAGAGCAUUCAUUCUGUGGAAGUGGUAAUCUGGCGAGUGGAUUUAGCUAUGAUCCUGAGAUUUUGAUGAAGAAUGGAAUAUACCACUACAAUUUCCCUCUACCUGACUUCCAAGCAUGCACAUCAAAUCGUCUUCUGGACAUUGUAAAAGUUGUUGAUUUCGCAUUGGCGAAUGGGAAAAUAGCUGUUCAUUGUCAUGCGGGACACGGAAGGACUGGAAUGGUGAUAGCUGCUUGGAUGAUGUUCGCAUUGGGAAUGUCACCUAGUCAAGCAGUGAAUACGGUACGGAGUCGAAGAGCCAAAGCGGUUCAGAGCAAGGAACAAGUAGAGACAUUGCACAAGUUUAGGCUACAAAUCAGGAACAAUGGAGGCAUGAUUAUUCCCAAACAGAAAAUGACAUUCAUUUCUGAGUACGUCAGCUAUAAUCAGAAGUUUAUCAGUAAACCAGAAUCCAGACUUUACGGCAAAGUUCCAAAGAUUGUCUACACAGCAAUGAGAAUAACUCUCCAGAAGAUGUACUCUUCUGUAGAUUUCGAAAUAGAAGAUAACUAUCGAUUGAAGAUCGUAUGUGGAAGUCCGUUGGCAGAGAAUAAAUUAUUCGAUGAGCAAUUAUUGGAUGCGCAACUCAAUGAUGAGGAUCAUGAGAAAACUCAUUUCUGGUAUUUGGAUCAAGUCAAAAAGGGUCUUUCAAUUUCAACUAUUAAUAGACAACUAGAGAACGAAGAUUUCCGAGAUAUCAUACGCCUUGUUGACUUAUUUUUCCAUUCCACAUUCCACCAACUGACUCACAAGGAAGAGAUUUUCGCUGUACUACAAAAUUUAGAUAGACACGAAAAGGAUUGGUCGCCUACAUUUUGGUUCCUUCUGAGUUGUAUACGAGUAAUGCCCCUCCCACUCCACCACGCCCUCUCUCGUCUCGUUGCAAAAUGGUUCUUCAGAUCGGAAAUGGAUCUGGCUUCUCGAAUUCGAACAGUGUUGGGAUUACCUGUAGAAUCGAACGAGUAA